UUAGACUUUAAUGCCAUGAGACACCUUCCAGUGUCCAGCGUUUCCAACCCUCGGUCACAGCUUCGUCUAAUCUCAUCCACUCGCUCUUUGGACUCAUUGCAUGCUGCCAUGAAGGCACCGCUUGUCCUGGUCCUGGUUCUCUUUCUGGCUGCCCACACUGUUCUUUCCUGUUCUGUCUGCAAAGGCUCUGCCCUCAAAUGCCACACGUGUGCAGCAUCCAGCGAGGAAGACUGCAAUAAACAAGGCUCGGCAUCCUGCCCGCAGUACGCUGACGCCUGCGCCACCAUCAGUGGACCACACACUGUACUCAAGUCCUGCACCUACAAGGCUUUCUGUGACAAAGCUCAGGGCAGCAACUCUGGAGCUAAGAUGGAGUGUUGCUAUGGCGACAACUGUAACGGCCCACACAGGAGCCACAGUCACGGUGAUCAGCACCACAGCAGCACAGCAGCGCUGACCAGCAGCCCUGUCCUGCUGCUCGGCACCCUGCUGCUGCUGCGUUUAGGCUUCUCUCACAUGUAGACACAACUUCCCAACCUUCUGUCUUUGGAACCCAUUCAUCUUCUUUUGAUCCCUGCUGUGCCCCAACUGUAUUUACAACUCUUAUUGUUUAUGUUUAUUUCAUGUCAGCUUAACUGAAUAAAAGAUACAGUGACAACUCUUUUUUUCCCCUACAUACCUCACAACAUGAGGCACUAGAUUGUGUGGUCAAUGUGGCACACGACCUUGUGCUUGACCUUGAAAGGUAAAAGGAAGGAAAAGUCUAAUGAAGACGGUGCAACUAUGACACAUGAGCUUGAACUGACAGGACAAGAACGCUACCUCACUGAUUUCUUAUCCUGUCACGCGGUCCCUUAUUGGGUGAUGAUGUUCUACCACUUCCUCUUAACAGGAGGUCACAGCUCUUCACUAACCAGAUGACAAACAGAUUGACAAUAGAUUGAUAAAGGGAGCAAAUUAAGUGCAUGAAUAUAUUUCACUGCUUAACAUAUUGUAGCAUUGAUGGGAGCACUUCCUGCUUCCCAGCAUACUUUGUUGGACUGCUGUGUAAAUAGUUCAUUAAUAAAUUAAUUCAAAAAUUCACAAAUUAAUAAACAGUAAAUAUGA